AUGAGCCGCAAAGACUCCUUUGAACUCGAGAAGCGUCUGGAGCAGUAUCAGCAAGGAGCACGAGACCGUUCCCGGACCCCUGAGCCGCGCCGCCGGAGGGAUUCCCUUCAGGAGGAACAGCAUGCUGCAAAGUCUAUCUACGAUGAGGCCAAGCAUGCCACCGUGCCUAUAGCCGCGGCCGCCAUUGCUUCUGCCAUUGCCGUCGAAGAGGAGAGAUCGCGCAAGCACCGCAACGAUCAAGUGACUGAGGAUGGCUCCCGCGACAGAUCCCGAGCUACCAAGGAUGCCGUUCAAGAAGAGGCCGAUCGGUAUUACCGUGAGACUGUCAUCGCCCGCAAGAUCGCCAAGGAUGAGAUCCGCUCGCGUAGUGCGUCUCCUCAUGAUGAGUCUGUCGUCGGCAAGUGGCAGGACCACGAUGAGGGCCCUGAUAUCGUCACCAUCGUCACGCCGCCCGAGAUGGAUCAUCCUCAUGACAAGAGCCCGUACGACGCACCCAACGCCGAUGUUCGCAUUGAUCAUGUUAUUAUCCCCGACGAGCUUGCUCGCUUCCGUCUGCCUCACCGUCAACUCGAUCCUGGCGCACAGCCAAUCUUUCAGUCACGCGAUCCUUCUGCUGAGCGUGAACGACCUCUGCUGAACCUCGUCUUACCCACACCCGUUGUCACCCCACGCCACACGCCCGCUCCUGAGAAACAAGCGGAAGAACAAUCCUCUAGUAGAGGUCAAGAGCCUGUUCAACCACGGUCGGUUACUUCAGCUGAGCCACCUUCUUCUGCGACCGCGCCUGCCACAGAAAUCGUUUUUGGACCCAAAGGCGAGGUUGUGGAAAGGCCGACAACGCCCACAGCCAAGUCAGUCACUUGGGGCGAGAAUGAGACCAAGAGCUUCCAGAUCGAGAGUCCAGAACCUCCUAUCAAGGAGCCGUCCAGCACCUCUAGUAAGUCGAAGAAAAAGAAGAAGAAAUUGGGCAAGAGUUCACCGUGGGGCAUCAUCGCGGCGGGCGUUGCCGGUGGAGCUGCAGCGGCUGCAGUCUCUGAAGCCUCGGAAGCCCCCAAGAUGCGCGAUCCUUUCGAGAGCAAGCCUGAAGAGGACAGAGAGAGACACAGCCCCCCAGAGUCACCAAAGUCUCGCAGCGUCGAGCCCAUAUCACCGAUCAUCGAAGCUGCCCCGUCUAAGCUCACCACGUCGUUCGAAGAUGACGCAGACUUGCCUCCCGCUCCCGGUCCCAAGCCGUCCAGCCCUCAGACAUCUAGAAUGCCUGGCGCCUUUGCGGAUGAUCUAGAAUUCGCCUCUGUUCUGGCGGCUGGUCUUCAAGACACUGGGUUUGACCCCAAUAUUGUCAUCGACAACCCUACCUACAUGCGUCGCGACAGCCCACCAGGACAGAGUGAGCCGGCCGUCUACCAGCAGCCGUUUGCAGAGACUGUCACCGACCUGGGCAUCUAUGGCCCCGAUCAUACCCAUGAUGGGCCUACUGCAGGCGACCGCGGCUUUGUCAUUGGCAAGGUGCCAGAAACGCCAGUAGCAGAGAAGGAAAUGCACAACGGCCCCGCGACCGACUCCCCUCGUGAAAAAGAGCGUCGUGACAAGGGCAAGGCUAAAGAGGUGCCAUACAUCGAGCAGGAGCCGCUAGUCGAAGAGGCUGAACCGUCGAGGAAGCUGAGCAAGAAGGAGAAGCGCAAGCAAAAGGCAUCAAAAAGGCAAAGCCUCGACAACGCGUUACCUGAAGAGACGUAUGAUGCCCCCGAGUCAAGAUCACAGCCUGAACCUGCUCCUUCGUCUGCACCGGCUCCCGUCUACGAAAGACCACACGGCUAUUAUGACGUUCCCGAAGCCACAUCACGACCUGAGCCCAAUCCAUUUGCACCGAUGGAUCAUGCAUACGCUAGACCUCACAGCUACCAUGAUGUCGCCGAAGCCGCACCGCAACCUGCGCCAGAUCCGUACUCGCAAGCAAUGCCUACCUACGAUAGACCUCACAGCUACUAUGGCGAGCCUACAACGGCUUACCGAGACCAUCCUGCUCCCUACGCAGAGACGGGCCCUUCUUAUGAGAGGCCACACAGCUAUUACGACACCCCUCAAAGCCCGGAAACCGUUGUGGCGCUUGGCCCGAAGACUCGUGGAUUCCAAGACGCACCCACCUGGGAUUUGCCCACCUCUUCUGCGACAACACACCCUCAUGACGAGACUCCCGUCUCCAGAGCGGUGGAAUCCGAAGCUGCUCCAACAGACCCUGAAGCCUCCACAUCGACGAAAACAAGCAAGAAGGACAAGAGGAAGAAGAGUCGUGGCUCGAGAUCUGACAUCAUCGUCACAUAUGACGACGAUGAGCCAGAAACCCAAGAGCCAUCUUCUUACACUGAUCCGAGCACUUCCCGCGAGAAACUGCCUGAGAGGGAUUCUUACCGGUCUACAGAUCCCCAAGAGGCCGGCGACGAUGCAUGGGAUGAGUCUGCGAAGAAGAAGAAGUCCAAGAAAUCCAAGCAGAGCUCAGAUGAAUGGACAGACGUCGAGAAACAGAGCGAUUACACCGCGACCCCAACCGUCGAACGAAGCAGCACUCGCGACGAUCUUGAAGAAUGGGACGAUCUCCCGGCCAAAUCUCAGCGGGAUCGUUCCAAGUUCGAAGAGAGAGAUGUGAGCUCUGUAGUAUCUGAUCCAUCGAGCAGACGAGACAAGCGCGAUAAGUCGGAUCGUCGAUCCCGGAGCAGCCGAUACGAGGACGCAGACACCAGUUCGGUGGUCUCUGACCCCUCAAGCCGGCGUGAGAAAUCCGAUCGCCGGUCCCGCAGCAGUCGCUUCGAUGAUAGGGAUGCUAGUUCAGUUGUGUCCGACCCCGCCACACGGAGCGAAAAGUCAGAACGCCGUUCCAAGAGUCGUCGUGAGGACGAUAGAGAUGCGGCUUCUGUAAUCUCUGACCGUUCGUCUCGUCGUGAGAAGUCUGACCGACCCUCGAAUGGAACUCGUUACGACGACGAUGCCAAGUCGGUGGUGUCGGAAAGCUCCGAACGUAAGAGACGCAGCCGAGACGACAAGAAGAGUCCCAGGGAAGACGAGAAACGCAGUAGCGGCUUCUUCAACAACCUGUUUGGAAACAGAAGCAGCAAGGAUGUUUCCAGCAAGGACGAGAAGUCGUCUUUUUUAGAUAAUGCCGGCACCCUUGGCGCGGGUGCCGGCUUGGCGAGCGCCGUGGCAGCUUUGGGCUCCAUGAUGUCCCGCUCCAACGCCACUGAACCGCAGUUGGAAGAGUCGUCAGAUGUUCUUCGAGAUCGCGAGAGAUCCGCCAGUCCCCCGCGAGACCUUGACAUCGUCGACCCUGAGAUCGUGCCGCGGACUAUUAGACCUGCCAUCGACCCUCAGUACGGAGAUUUCCUCCCCCUGCCACCCAGCCCAAUGCCGCCCAGCACCCCUGGCUCUCCCACCCAGACAGACUUGGAUGAACUUCCCGCCUUGCCCGACAGCAGGCCGGAGACGCCACCAGAGGAGCGGAGGCGUCAGCACGAGACCAAGACGCCAAAGACCCACGCGCGCAAGCGUAGCAACAUGGAAACACCGACCAGAAGCCCAAGCCAGACAGCUGUACCCUUUAAGUUGCGACUGGGGCAGAGGUCGGCACCUUCGUCUCCCGGUACCUUCGGAGUCUCGCCAGUCACCUCCCCAGCAGUACCGACGUUCCCCGAGAACACACACAUCACCCCUCCCCACCCCGCUUCCCUGUCCAGGCGCCCCUCGAGGCCCAUCUCAUGGGAGAACAGUCGCGAGAUCAAGCCCCUAUACCUGCUUGAACAGGCUCGUCAAGAAUCAGCAGCCCAGUCAAUGGAGCCACCCAUUGAUUUCCCGGAGCUGCCUCCGAGCGAGCCGUCAUCGCGGGAGUCUCCUGCACCAGAAUUCACUCUGCGUGAUGAGGAUGUGAAUUACUUCCAUCAACUUCAGGCAUCGCCCUUUGAGCCUGACCUUCGUCUUGACACGGAUAUGUCGCGCUAUCCUGAACAUACAAUGCGCCGUUUCAGCUCGCAGGAAACCACCCCGAAGGCAGAGCACGCAAUCCAGCAUACUGGUGCCAUGUUUGAUGCGGCAUCGCCUGGUCUUUCCGCGUCUGCAGAUACCGCCAGGGGGUUGGACUUGUCAGAGCAUGAGCUAGAGAAGCUGCCCGCACUUCCUGCUAGCCCUAUGAGAUCUCCGGCGACGGCCAUUGCCAGUCCUACUCACCGUUCGAACAUCCCGGAGUUCAAGCUAGAGCAGCUACCUGCUCUACCCGACAGCCCCGUAACGCACGCAACUGAGAUGGCCGAACCGGAACAAGUAGAGACCACGUCCAAAGAAAGAAGUUCGUAUCUCCUACACAUGACGCCCCCAUCAAUCAUCAAAAAUCUAAUGGAUCGUGACACACCAGACACACCAUCAAGCCCUACACUCAACCGAUCGCGCGACAUUGCCGCCAAUUUGACCGAGAUUGACCACGAUGGCCACUCCCGCGAUGAUGCUAUUGGCGCUUUACUGGGAGGUGCCGCGGCUGGUCUGGGGGCUGCCUAUCUCGCGGACCGUCUCAAGUCUCACGACAAGUCGGCAGAGAUUGGCCGAGACGCAAAGACCUUGGAUGCUCCCGAGCCAGUGGAACUAUCCAUGGUUGAAGGCAAAAAGUCCAAGAAAGACAAGAAAAAGAAGAAGAAGGGCAAGGAUGCGUCAGUCGAUGGCUUUACCCUUCCCUCAGAUGAGCCUACUUCUCCUGCUCUUACGCCAGAUGCCGACGAGGUGUUGGUGUCAGCGGAGCCCCUUGCAAUUGACUCCAUCGACAAGGGCUUCUUGCCAUCAAUAGACCAGGCUCGCACCGUGCCAAUCGAGGAGCCAGUUCACGCCUCAAAUAACAACACUGUUGACGUUGCGCCCGUCAACAGAUCUGUGGAGCCCUCGGCCGCGAUUCCUUCAGCCGCUGUCUCCUCGAACGAUCAGACUACUUUGGAUGUCUUACCACCGCUUCCCGAUGCGUCAACCGAUGAGCAUGCGCUUCUCUCAACCGAUUUUGGUUCUUCAAUUCAUCGCGCCGAUGACCCACUGCUUUCAACUCAAGAUACUCGGUCCAUAGAGCCCACUGUUCAGGCACCCCACGCAGUCGAGGAACUUCCAGCUGUGCUUGAUGGAAGUGAUCACACCGGAAAAUCUGUCGCGGAGGAGGACGUGCCUGUGAAUCGUAGUGCUCUGGCCGAAGACAUUGCUCCCGAAACCAUCACACCCGAGCUUUUGCUCCAGGAUGACACACCUGAGAAGAAGCUAUCCAAGAAGGAGAGAAAAAAGCAAUUCAAGAUCAAGAAGGCUUGGGAGCAGGCUCAGGCCGAGAUGCAGGAGCUCGAACGAUCCGCCGAGUCGACUGAGCAGAACAGCAAGGCUGCCUCAGCAGACACAACACCGCUGCCCGCCCUCGCGCCUGUGUUUGAACAGACUGCGGAGACGACUGAAGCCGAGCGAGCCGCGGGUUUCCCGCUACCUGAGGUCUCGGAUGAGGUGUUCGAAGCUCCCCUGGAGUCACUAGCUGACGUUCAGCCCACGCCCAAGCCCGAGAUUGCUAUCGAAACAAAGGCACCGUCCGCUUUCCUACCCACUAAACUGGCUGAGAUGGCCGCUGCCGCAGAGGCUGCCGCUCAAGCUAGCGCUGCUCAAGCCAGCAAGAGUCCUGAGCCGUCAGAAGUCCUUCCUGAGCCUUUUCUGGCACCCCCUGUCGAUGUUCAGGAGGCCAGAGACACGGAUGAAGCUGAAAAGCUGCCGGCACUCCCGGUCACGGAGGAGCCGGUUCCCGCCCCCGUCCUAGAUGCGGCCCAAGAACCAUUGCCCGAGGUCAAAAAUUCCAAGGAGGGAGUCGAGACUGAACUGCCUGCCUCCCCUCCAGCUCCUGAGGCUUCAAUCACCGACACUAAGAAGGGUAAAAAGAAGAAGAAGGGCAAGAAAUCUCUGGAUGCGACAAACGAACACCUUCUAUCUACUUCAGCCCCCGAGCCCUCAGCUUUUUCUUCCCAACAAGGCACUCCUACAUUGGACAUCGAGGCAAGGUCUCUUGGCCCCGCUGACGACAUUGCAUCCGUGCAACAAGAGUCCAUUUCCGAAGCGCCAGAAACCAAAUGCGCUGAGAUCCCGCAAAGCCUCCCUGACCAGCGACUCGAUAUCCGAGGGCCCCAUGAAAAGCUCGACACACCAUCGGAAUCACUGCCGCACCUCUCCGAGUCUAACGAUAAGUCAGUCGACCCAUCCGACAGCUUGGCUGAGCAGCAGAUUGCAACUGUUGACCAAGACGUCAAGCCUGGCGACACCGACGUGGCGGCCAUUGACAAGACUCAGCCUGUACCUCUAGCACCAGAAGAAAGUCAGGUCACGCUUGAAGACGACCCCUGGCAGCUAGACGAGGACCCAUGGCAACAGCAGCUUCCUGUCUCUGGUCAAGAAGACAUAUCUGCUUCAAAGAGCGACGAGGUUUCGCAGCCGCCGGCCGCCGAUCAAAUCAUCGAUGACACCCGGAUUGAAUCGCGAGAGGCAGAGGUCCUGGUUGAGGCCGAGUCUACUCCCUUGUCCAAAAAGCAGAAGAAGAAGCUGAAGAAGUCCAAGAAGGAGCAGAUUGCUGAAGCUUUGAACGAACCUGAAGCAAAGCCUUCUUCCACCGAAACGGCUGCAAGCACACAACCUUCUGCUGCGGAAGUGGACUUGGUACCGACCGAUAACGACACUUCUUUAGCUGUCCUCGCAGAACCUGCUGCCGACAAUGCACCAGUCGAAAGGCCCAUCGCAAAAGUAUCGGAGGAGACGUCCGUCUUACCCGAUACUGAACCAGAUGCUACCACCAUACCUCUUCCAGAGGAUGAUGCCGACUUCGUUGAGCAGACCCACCGAGAAAUCAUUGCCGAAGCGGAUGCUGCAGGAGUGCCUCCUCUGGAAGACGCUGCCGAAAAGCCCGAGGUAUCUGAGCCAGCUCCGGCUGAGAAGGAUGCAGCUGCGGUCCCUCUUGCGGAGGAUGUUACCGAAAGAGCCUCCAUCACCGCGCCUGAAACUCCUGACAACGUGCCAGCAGUUGUUGACAACGCAAUGGCAAAUUCUGAGCCUAGUCUCAUGGAGCCGCCACCGGCUGAGCCUAUUCAACCUGAGGUAUCUGGCAAGAAGAAGAAAAAGAAGAAGAAGGGCAAGGGUGCUUCGCUAUCACAGCUGGACGACGUGAUGUCGUCUGAGCCGACACCUCUCCAGUCCACAGGUAUUCAGACUCCUACCGCUGAAGCUCCCAUCAACAAGGCUCCCUACUUUGCCAACGCUCCUGCCACUGAAGCUCCCUAUGUGGAGACUCCUUCCGUCAAGACUCCUUCCGUCGAGACUCCUUCCGUCGAGACUCCUGCCGUUGAGACUCCUAUCGAGACUCCGGCUGCUGAGACUCCGGUCGCUGAGACUCCGGUCGCUGAGACUCCGGUCGCUGAGACUCCGGUUGUUGAGACCCCGAAGGUUGAGACU